CCAUAGCCCAAAAAUUCAAAAGGCCAGAGUCCUCACGCCAGUGUGGAAGCUUCUUAACGAGAGAGACAGAGGUGCCACUUGCCAACCCUCCAGCUGUCACCACCGCCACUCCGGUCAACCCCACCACCACCACCGCACCGCCGUUCUAAUGCUGCAGCUGACUUCAAACUCACCUUUCCACCACCCUUAACCUCCAGUCAACGGUCGACUUUCUGUGGGGCAGCCCAACGAGUUGAUGAUGAUGGUGUUGCGGGUUAUGAUUCUGAAAAACGCACCACCACCAUUGUGUUGACGGCAACCCAGCUUCCCCGACACGACAUAGGUAUAGGAAGAGGAAGGAGGAGGGGGAAGAAGAAGGAAGAUUUUUGUAAACUUUGACUAAAAGCAGAGAAUCUCUCCCAAGAAGUUUCCUGCUUUUUUCCUCUCUUUUCCUGCUCAGGCACUGGGAGCCUUCAAUUUUCCGACAAGGGGGUUGUUCAUGCUUUCAUCACUUCUGUGAAACUAAAGCGUGCCAAAUUUGGUGGUAAAAGUCCGACCUUAGGUUGGUAGAGGUCAUUUAUUUGGAGAAACAUGAUCAGUGGACCAGCUACUAAAAUUCGACUGGUUAGAUGUCCCAAAUGCCGGAAGCUUCUUCCAGAGAUGGCAGGAAUUCCUCUAUACCAGUGUGGUGGAUGUGGCGUGUUUCUACGAGCCAAAAAUCAUGGAAACAGCACCAGAACUACCCCUUCAGGCUCACAUGAAACAGGUUCUGUUCAGAGGAAUGAACUGGUGCAUGUUUCUGAAAAUGAAGAAUCUAGUAGCUCGAGUCGAGAGGCGAUUCCCUCUUCCACAGGAGAAUGUUCUUUGAACAAAGAAAAUGGGAGGGAUGAUCUUGGGGAUUGUCGUACAGAGCAGCCUGAAGUGAACUUCUCAAAUGGGGUUUCUUCAACAACAAAGCAGCCUGAAGAUGCAAACUUCUCAGAUAAAGUUCCUUCAUCAAUAAACCUCUCGAAUGAAGUUUCAUCACUAAUGAAGCACUCUGAAGAUGUAAACAUCUCAGAUGAAGGUUCAUCAUCCAAAGUGCAGCCUGAAGAGGUGAACCUCUCAAAUGAAGUUUCAUCACCCAUGGAGCAGCCUGAAGAUGUAAACAUCUCAGAUGAAGGUUCACCAUCCAAAGUGCAGCCUGAAGAUGUGAACUUCUCAAAUGAAGUUUCAUCACCCAUGGAGCAGCAGCCUGAAGAUGUAAACAUCUCAAAUGAAGGUUCAUCACCCAAUGUGCAGCCUGAAGAUGCGAACUUCUCAAAUGAAGUUUCAUCACCCAUGGAGCAGCCUGAAGAUGUAAACAUCUCAAAUGAAGGUUCAUCAUCCAAUGUGCAGCCUGAAGAUAUAAACAUCUCAAAUGAAGGUUCAUCAUCCAAUGUGCGGCCGGAAGAUGUCAACUUCUCGAAUGAAGUUUCUGCGUUGGUGGAGCAACCUGAAGAUGUAAACUUCUCUAAUCAAGUUUCUUCACUGAUGGAGCAGCCAGCAGACGUAUUCUCAAAUGAAGUUUCUUUUCCGAGAGAGCAGCCAGAAGAUGUAAACUUCUCAAAUGAAGCUUUUUCAUCAAUGGAGCAGCCUGAAGAUGUAGACUACUUGGAUGAAGUUUUAUCACCGAAGGAGCAGUCUGAAGAUGUGGACUUCUUGGAUGAAGUUUCAUCACCAACGGAGCAGCCUAAAGAUAUAAACUUCUCGAAUGAAGUUUCUUCAUCAAAGCAGCAGCCUGACAAUUUGAACUUCUUGAAUGAAGUUUCUUUGUCAACAGAGAAGCCUGAAGAUGUGAGCUUCUUGAAUGAAGUUUCUUCGUCAACUGAGCUUAUGUGUCAUGAGAAUGAAGAGCCACAACCCAGAGUUGGAGCAAAUACAGUGUAUGAAGAUGAUGAGGGUGGUUUUUACUCCAGAAGCUUGAGUUCUGACAGCCUCCUGGCUUCAAGAGAAAGGAGUUCAGAAGUUACAGCUCAGAGGUUAACUGGGGAAUGUAUGAAACAGGAUACUCCCAUGUCUCACUCCAAUGAACAACCAGAGCAGUCUGACGAUGAUGUUCUCCAUGGAUAUAUGUAUAGAUCUCCAACAGCCAGAAGUUUCUAUGGAUAUGAUGGUAGUGUCUCUUCUUAUGAUGGAACUGAUGAUCAAGUCCUUGACCGAUCUCUGCACCAACCCAACAGAACUUUCAAGGCUAGAGAAUUGGUUGGUCCUGAAGAAAGAUCCAGAGGUAAAUUUCUGGUGAAUAGCAACCUAGAAAUGCAACGUCAAACGAGGAAUGCCUCAUCAAUUUUAUCGGGUAAGGAGCAUUACCCUAAGAAAUACGGCAAGUGGAAUAGAGAUGACUUUCCGGAAUCCACAAGAUAUGACCAGCCAGUCAGAAACUGGAUGAGAUUGGAAAGAGGGGAAUUUCCAUCUAGAUUGCCCUUCAAUGGAAGGGAUUUCCCUGCUGGCUAUGAAAAUGACAUCCCUUCGAGUCCUGGACAUCCUGACCACCAACACAGUUCGAGCUUUCAUUCGCCUGACAUGCCUGAGCUCCAUGAACAGGAGAGGAUAAAAUUGUUGAAAAUGUUGUGUGAAUUGCGAGAUCAGAUCAACAGAAAGCACAAUGGAAGGGAUCCCACCAGAGUCGGUUGGAAGGGGAAGCAUAUUGCAAAGUCCUAUAAUCAUGAAGCAUCUGAGGAGGAAAUUUUCAAUGAUUUAAACUAUCCUAGGUAUCCUGACCAAUAUAGGACUGGAAGAAACUGGCCCCAACAUCGUAAGUUCUCGCGAAUGGCUUUCUCAGGAGAGGCCCCAAACAGUAGACACCAGGCUGAUUAUUCCUGCUUGCAUUGUUGUCCCCAAGACAGGUGGUACUCAGCACAACUACGUCCACCUGUUCCAUGUUGUGAAAAUGGACUACAUGGGGCCCGCCCUGGUCACAGAUGUUAUCAUCACUGCACCUCUACUCACUCAAGUCCCCUACAGUGUAUGGACUCUGAGAUCCCCAUAUGGACCCAUGGUGCAAAGUCUGAAGACCAGGGUCAUAAAAAUCACGAGGCGAAGUUGUAUUGGAAGGAGAAACAUCACCAGGUGAAGCGACAUAUCCAGCCCAUAGCAGGUGGAGCUCCUUUCCUAACUUGCUAUCAUUGUUCACAUCUGCUGCAGCUACCUGCAGAUUUUCUCCUCUUUAAGAGGAGGUGCCAUGGGCUCAGAUGUGGUGCUUGUUAUGAGCUCCUUAAGUUUUCAGUUGAGAACAGAACUCAUAUAGUUCAAUAUACGCCAAAUGCUGUAGACCCUCGGCCUCCUCCCCCCAGUGAGGUUGAUGAUGUCAGCAGGACUCUCAAUAGUGUAGGUUUGCCAUCAACUGCUCUUGUCAGUGAUUGUUCACCUGCAUACCCGGUGUCAAGUUCUGAUGAUUAUGGACUCUCUUUCUGUAAAAGCUUCUCUACUGAAGGUGAGACUGCUUUCAUCACACCUCCAUUUGGGCCUAUGGGUGAAAGAAAGAAGAAGCUCAACUUGAAAAAGUCUCAAAACAAGUACAAGGAACCAGUGGAAACGUACAAAUCAAUUGGGUCAUCCUCCAAUAUGUCUAAACCUGAGAAAUCAUCCACAGAAAUUGAGGAACUGCCUCCAACAGCAGGUUCCCCACUUUAUCGGCUCAUGGAUUAUUCUUCACCAAGUGCAAUGAUAUAUGGGUCUGGCAUGGAUACAGACUGAUAUUAUCAAGAGAAAAGCCUGAGUUGAAGGACUUGACAUGUUAAAAGGACUCCUUGAUAAGGCCUUUUGGCUUUACAGAAGAAUACGAAAUGCAUAGAUGAUAGACUCUUGGGGGCUUUAAAAAGGAAAACAUACAAUGAUUCAUGGUUUUGGAGUCUGGUGAGAGGAGUUCAAGGAACAAGGUUUGAUCAGAAUGAAAAGAUUUUGGGAAUUUGAGAUUUGGCAAUCAGAAAGUUGAUUUUUUCCCCCCUUACUUGCAAGUGAUUCGAUGCAUCUAAGAUUAUCCACAAAGAAAAAAUAUAUAUAUUUUUUCUUUUUGUUUAUUCUUCAUACUCUGCAUGUACUCUUGGUUGCUGUUUGUAUAGAUAUUAACUCAGAAAGAUUCCUAUUUGAUUUGUUCUGUUGGUAUAGUUGUUCCAAUUUUGGUAUUCAGACCUUCUUUUCAUAUUUUAGUGCAGAGUUGGGAAUUUAUGUGGUCAA